AAUAAAACAGCCCCCACACAACUGAACAGAAAAGAAGUUACAAUUUGCCUUAUCAUGUCUUCCGCCACUCUAUCGCUGCCAUUUCCUCUGCCCACAGCGACUUCGCCGACCUGUCAUCGUUCGCGCCAGUUAUCCACCAUAACCUCCGCGGCGGCGCGUCGUCCGCGGCAGAAAGCUACGGUUAAGACUGACAGCGAGCAAAGGCAGAGCAGCAGCAGCAGCAGCAGCUACAGCAACGCCGGUUUCGGGGCGAGCGAGAAGAAGGAAGCACGGUGGCGUUGCGUGGAGGGGUGUGGCGCUUGCUGUAAGCUUGAGAAGGGGCCUUCUUUCCCUUCCCCUGAAGAAAUUUUCACUGACCCUUCACAUGUUGAGCACUACAAGAGCUUAAUAGGUCCAGAUGGAUGGUGCAUACACUAUGAGAAGAUUACUAGGAAAUGCUCUAUAUAUUCUGAGCGCCCAUAUUUUUGUCGUGUAGAGCCAGAGAUAUUUGAUUCUUUGUAUGGAAUUAGCGAGAAGAAAUUCAACAAGGAGGCCUGCAGUUGCUGCAGGGAUACAAUUAAGGCUAUUUAUGGUCCCAAUUCAAAGGAGCUUCACAAUUUCAACAACUCAAUUUGGAGCACUCCUAGUUAGAUCUUUUGGCCCCCUAAAACUCCAUUGCUAAAGCAUUUCCACCAUAUCUAUCUUGACAAGGAUGAAUACUCCAUGCAAUGCUUUGUUUAGGCCUUUCAGGCAGUCACAACGGCUUCUCCCAUUUUGAAGUUCGGUUACCCUGUCGGUGUUAUACUAGCAAGCAGCAACAACCUUGUUUAAAAAUGGCGGGCGUAUUUGUUAGGGGUAAAAAUGGAGUGGAAAUUUUCCCGGAUGACCUCUGUAACUAUAUUCAUAGAGCUCAUCCACGAAGACUUCUACCUAUUCCUACACACUAUCCAUAGAUACCCUUAAUAUGAUUUUCAGGGAACUGCUUGCUUUGAUUAGUAUGAUUAUAGCAUCCUCUUACUGCACAGAAGCAGCAGUAGCAGAU